UGUAGGUGGAGCGGGAAUAAAAAAAGUGAACGUUCACAGUUAUUUUUCAGGUUUUUGUUGAAAUUUUGCUUUUAUUAUAAACUUUCAGUACAAAUCCAUUAUAUAAACAAUGUAAGAAAAGUGGUCGCUUGUUGUAUGAUUAGACGGUUUCGUUAAAUCUAGUUCCGGAAAUUUUCUGUUUGGUUAUUUGAUCUCUGCAUAAGAAAUUUGUUAUGUUUAUGUUUUGGACAUAUAAAUAACAUCAUUUGUUCCUCUCCCUGAUUGUUAAGUUUUCCUCAAUGCUAACUAGAUUGUAGACUGGACGCAAGGCGGAAAAAAGUGGUUUGGAUAAUUGCCGAUGUUAACGGUUUUGGCAAUGAGCUGGACAUCGGCAAUAGGCAUGAACUGUGGUAAACUGAUUGCUGAUGCUAAUACUUUUACAAGGUUCGAACUGCUGUGUUGUGAAGUUGCCAUUGAUUACCUCGGAUUUGUUUACUGACGCAUAAUAUGUUCAGUGGAAUCUCAAAUAUCCGACUAUUCUUCUGUUAGUCAAUUUUCAGUACGAUGCUCCUGACAUUGCCUAUGCUUAAGAGUGAUACAGUCCUAAGUGAAAACUGUCUUAGCCUUGCGAGAAGGCUACUUUCAACAUGAGUAGUAAAGAUGAUGAACCUUCUAAUGAUGCCACUUUCCAUGAAAGUUUACCGCGUCCCCCCGUUCCCGGGAAAGAGCAAAGCCAUUUUGUAUCGGAUUGGGGCCCUCCAACACUUAAGCAAACGACUACGGAGGACGCCAUGUUUGUCAAGCCAAGCUCUCCCACCCCUCUACAGAAUUACGGCUCUGCUUCUAACCCAACGACUUCCUUUAAGACAGCGUCUUCCCAAAGUCAGCCUUCCAAUCCUUCUUCGGAUGCUGCGACCGUUCGAUCACCUCCUGCUUGUUUAAAUUGGGCCAAAUCCCUCCACUGUUUGUUCCAGGAUGCAGAAGGUGUCAAACUAUUUCGGCAGUAUUUGGACAGUGAGUGCAUCCAGCAUUCAAAUGCCUUAAAAUUUUGGUUUGCAUGUGAAGGGCUACGUAAACAGCAGGAAGUUGAUAAAAUUAUGCAGCUUGUUAGAGUGAUUUAUAGGAAAUUUAUUUUAAAAUACACGCUUCCCAUCCCUGAGGAUGUCCGAGAAAAAAUAGGAGAUAUUGUAAAAUCUUCCGAGUGCCUUUAUCCUCCAGUCACGCUUUACGAUAGCGUGCAAGCUCAAAUUGAAAAUUUACUGCUGACGACAACCUACCCUAACUUCCUUAAAAGUGAUAUGUACCUGCAAUAUGUAGAGAAAGCGCAAAAUUCGAUGAGUAACGAGAGUACGAGCGAGUUUAGCACCGACUUUUCGAAUCUAGCCAGCGGUGUUGAUCUCUUGCCUACGUUACAUGAAGAUGUUGAGUUAGUGACGAAUCCAAUGCAUAUGUCGUAUACUUCAGGGAGCUUAAGUACUGGAUACCAUACUCCUAAUAUUGCAGCUUCUCCAGUGCGCCUAACCAAAGAUAUCUUGUUAUGGUCCCAAAAGCGUCGUGCAGUUGACCGUUCCAAGUCCGAAACAUUUGCUAGUUUGUUUGCUUAUCGUGAAACCAGCGGUAGUCAUGCGCCAUACAAUUCCUACAACCCCGUCUCGAGACAAGAUAGCGAACUACAUAGCAUUAGUAGCCGUAGCUAUUCAGAUGCCAGAUCAGAGUCAGACAAUCUGUCUCUUACGGAUAGUUCUGUCGACGGACGACCAUUUGGUAGAACUUCACGACGUCAAGCGGCGCUUAACAGAGAAGGCCAGAUGAAUCAAAUAGUAAUUCCCCGAACGCAGCGAGUCGAUAAGUCUCAGUGUCAACCUAUGGAUCCUGAUAAGUUUGCGUCCAUGCUAAUUGAGAAGUUGGUAAUGGUAAAAAAAGAUCUGGACGCUCAGGAACUACUGGAGAGGAAACUUAGAGAAGCUGGUUCACUGGCACCAAUGAGCGAGCAAAACAUACGGGAGAAACUUCUGCUUGACGAUGAAAACGAUCAAUCGAUUUUGGACGAUCAUGUGUCCUUAGUCUUUCCAGAUACUCCAGCCCGAUCUCCGGGAGUUACUUCGCCGCAUAAGCAGAAACAUUUGCAUCCAUCUCGUCGAAGGAAGGACGGUUCGAUAUUCAGCAACGAUUCGGGUAACGUGCAGGACUUCGCUGAAGGAUCAGAACAUAAGUGCGGAAUGGUGAAGUCAAAAAGCAUGCCAGAAUAUUCAGAGGAUCGAUUGCUUCGAGGUGCCAUUGGAAGGAGACCGGCGACCAAGAAAAUAUUCACCGAUUUAACUGAUAGCGGAGUUUCUGUUGUAUCUGACGGACCGCCAGCCAAUAUCCCAAUGAAGGACAGUCGAGUUGUUGCGUGGUUGAUGUCCGGACACAAUGAAAUGUCCGCAAAGCAACGGAGCGGUAGUUUCAGGACUAGUAGUGCCACGUCUCCCAUUUCAAACCGACAUAAGAAAGGAUUUGGCUCAAGGUCAAGCUCUGUGGAAAGAACUAGUGUGACAAGCGCUAGUUUAGCUGAUCCAUCCAAGGCUACAAUGUCAACUCCAAAUACUUUAACGCAGUUGGAAGAGGCUAGAAGACGACUGGAGGAUGACGUUAAGGCGCGAUCGAAACAGAGAUCGUCAGCAAACCGACAUUUUGUCGAUCUGGCUCAAAGCAGUCAAUCUACUUUGAGGAAAUCUCAAAGAGGUACUAAACCGUCCUUACCUACGGCGCAAGCUAAUGAUGAACAACAAAUCACGGUGGUGUUUUCAUUUUGCGAUGAGCAGUUUCCGUAUAGAACAAAAAUUCCUGGAUCACAAAUAACGUUGAAGCAGUUCAAGGAAUAUUUACCUAAGAAAGGAAAUUAUAGAUAUUUCUUUAAAACUGUUUGUGAAGAGUUGGGUGACCAAGUCAUUCAAGAGGAAGUGUGCAACGACUUGGAUACACUUCCUUUGUAUGAAGGGAAAGUUAUGGCCCAGGUUAAGCCUCUUGACUGAUGUGUUAAUAGUUGUAAUAGGUAUUUUAGUUGCUAGAUAUAACUGUUUACUUAACAUAUACAUUUUAAUUCACCCAACAUCACACAUGCGUCGGUAGCCUAAAAUUUGUUCCGCACUCGCAACUAUCAUAAAAAUGCUAUUUGCUAAUCAUAAAAACUACAAUUACCCAAUUGAAUAAAAAACGAUUUUUUUGUUAUUAAUUAUUGUAUAAAUUAAGUACGAAGUGAAUAUUUUAUCGGUCUAAUUUGCCUUUGUGUUAUAGUAUACUAGGUCGAACAGGCAAUACCUUUGAGAACACAGACUUGUAGAUUAUUGGCGGUUUUUUAAGUUCAUCAGUAAUCUGGCCUAGUUGCAAGCUGUAUUAGAGACUAUCGGCAAAAAUUUGUAGUAUUUACUUGCCUCUAUUUUUUUGGUUCCUAAGAUAAUCAAUAAUAAUUGAUCUGAUUCCACUAGUUAAUCCUUCAAUUGAAUGUAGUGCAUACAUGCAAUUUCUUCCCACGUGUUAAUUUCUUCUUCAGUAAUAAUUUUAAAGUGCCUUAAAAAUAAUAUGAAAAUUAAUUUUAGUAUUUUUUGUAAUAUAGUUAUUUCUUUAUUUAUUUGACGUUAUACAUAAUUUUUUUAAAUUAUUUUUUGUACAUAUAAUUUAGUAAUUGUAUAGACGACUUAAUAAUAAUUAUUUUUAUAUACUUGCAACGGUUUUCAAAGUAAUGCAGUAUUCUAGCUAUUAAAGGUGUGCCAUAUACAGUGAAAGCUCUAAUAAGCGGAUAGUCACAGUUCACAAGAAAUGUCCGGUUAUGGGAGGUGUCCGCAUAAUUGAGAUGUAUUUAAUUAAAAAGAAAUAUUUAUUUUCAGAUUCUUUAUUGCCUACAUAUGUUUUAUAACAUUUUUCAACAUAUAAACUUAUUGUGCCGGAUUAUUAACAUAUUCUGAAAUAUUAGUUUGGCGCGUUUUUUGAAAUCUUUGUUGAGUUAUGCAAUGCUGAAAAUGGGUUUCAAGGUUUUUAAGAUGUUGAAACGCACUAAAGUCAUCACUUGAAACUAUUUUUAAAAGGGAAAUUGUAUUUAAGGCAUCAUACGAUUUUAUGAGUGAAGCAUCAGGUUCAAUUGUCAACGUUUCUUCUGAUUCGUCAUCAUCACUACUCAUGAAAAGUUCAGUUGUGGCAAGGUAUCAGGAUGAAUGAAAAUGAAUGAAAUGAAAGCAUUUUGUUUUUCGGAGCCAUAUUCACAAACACUUUAUGUCGCGCUCACAAAAGGCUACCCGCUAUUUGCGCUACGACGGUUCUAUUUCAAAAGAAACUGGUUCCGGGGUUUUCCAAUUAUUAUCAAUUUAUUUGAAACGUAUAUGGUUCGUUACAACUUGCCUUUUUAUUAAAUAAAAACUAACUUCUAAAAACUGUCAAGAGUAACCAAACGGAGACCUUUUCUACCUAUUCUGUUAAUAAUAGUUAUUAUCAUGUGCUCGAAACUUAGUUAAUGGCACUACAAUCGAUGAAUAAAGCAAGUCAAGUCAAAACAUCUAAAACGGGGAACUACGGAAUAUGUGAAGGAAUUCCCCGAUUGAAAAUCGCUUAUUUUUGAUAAUGGUUUUAUUCGUCGACUGCGUUUUACAGCUUCGUGGCCGCCUUGUAAGAGCUUUUCAACUCCGUAUGAUCAUAAUAAGAUUCGCGUCCGAUUAAUAGAAUGUCCGUUUAUAAGAAAGUGUUUUACAUUGAAAACCAUAUGACGAAAUUAGGGUCCAAGAAAAAUGUCGGGUUCAGAGCGAUGUUCGCUUAUAAGAGCUGUCCGCAAGUAGAGCUUUCACUGUAAUCCAGUUUAAUUUAAAUGGUACAUCUGGAAGGUGUAGUGGAAGAAAUUCACUAGUUGGUCCACAGCAAGAAAAUUGACAAGUUGAACAAAUUCAGUGUUUUUAACUAAAUAAUUUGUGGCAAUUAGUGGAGUAAGUGCACGAAAUAUUAAGUAAACUUUUCUUUGUCGGCAGAAAUAAAAGUUAGUAUUUCG